AUGCGUUUCUCUAUCACCGCGGCUUCUCUCACGGCACUCAGCUUCGCUGCUGGCUCCCUCGCCCAAUUUGCCGACACCCCCAGCUACGUUCGCACCUUUGGCGUCCAAGGUGGCGGUCGUGGGCGCUGGAGAGGUGCUCCUCCAAUUCUCCUCGAUAUGGAAAACAUGGAGAUCUACCUUCCCUCAUCCCCCAACAACCUUGUUGAUCCUGAGCUUCGCUUCCAGCUCGUGGGCGUCUCUGCAAUGGGGGAGCCCAUCACUGCUGCACGACUCGUCGAGUACCCUGGUUUCGAUACCGCUGAUCAGGGAUACUACAUGUCGAAGCCCGCCAACGGAAGCUUGAUCUACAGCGUGUUUGACGAAAGUACGGAUGGCCUUGGGCCUUGGUGGCUGGUUAGAGGCCCCGAAAACGACCCACAGUACAGAUUGACGUUCAAGGGGAGCUCAGUGGCGAAGGCGUGGUGGGAUGCGAGUAAGAACAGGUAUAAGGUGUAUAUGGGAACGGAUAUCCCUGGGAAUUUGACGGGAUUGAUUGAUUUUGAUAUGAAAGUGACGCAAUACUGCGGUCCAGGGUAUACUUAUUGCGCUUAA